AUGGGACAAACAUUGAGCGAGCCAGUGACCAAAAAGGAGUCGGCGUCGUGUGCGAACGAGAACUAUCUCGUGGGAAGCUCGUGCAUGCAGGGAUGGCGACCCAGUGAGUGCCGAAUGAUUAUUUCCACUCGAAAACACACACACACACGAGCCCAUCCUUUUGAGCCAACUUUAUGAGCUUCAUAAGGCGGCGCGUUGACGCAUGCUUGAGCGUCAUUUUGUACCUCAUGUUCAGAAAUGUUGUGGGAACGAGUGGAAAAGACAAAAAUGACAUUAUUUCUGGCUCAAAAAAUACGCAUAAUUACUUUCAGACAUGGAAGACGCGCACACACAUCUUCUCUCGCUGCCCGACGACCCGAAAUGCGCGUUUUUUGCCGUGUACGACGGGCACGGCGGCUCGAAAACGUCGCAGUAUUCGGGCAUCAACCUGCACAAAAAGAUUGUAGCGCGGAAGGAGUUCAACGAGGGAAAUCUGAAAGAGGCCAUCGAACAGGGAUUCUUGGACCUCGACCAGCACAUGCGCGCCGACGAGGAGGUAAUGAACGACGUUUCCGGCACCACCGCCGUCGUCGUGCUCAUCAAGGAGGACCAGGUUUUCUGUGGUACGGAAACAUGACAGCUGAAAAAAUUAUAACUAGUUUUCAACAUUUCAACACACUUUGAUCGAAUCUAAUUAAUUUUGUAUCAUCAGCAUCAUCAUCAGAAUUCUGAUUACUCAUUAUUCCAAUAAAAUGCAUCCAAUUAAUUAUUUUCAGGAAACGUGGGCGACUCGCGAGUCGUGUGCUCCGUCGUCGGCGAGGCGCGUCCCUACUCGUUCGACCACAAACCGUCGCACGAGAACGAGGCGAGAAGGAUCAUUGCGGCGGGCGGAUGGGUCGAGUUCAACCGCGUCAAAGGAAAUUUGGGUCUUUCCCGCGCUCUCGGCGAUUUCACAUUCAAGGAUAACGAUUCGAAGUCGGCCGAGGAGCAGAUGGUCACCGGUCAGUGCGUGGAAAUCAUUUGGGCAUUUUUUCCGAUAAAAACUAGACGAAAAUCCGCUAAAAUUGGGAAUAUUUGCAGCUUACCCGGACGUGACAACGGACACAUUGUCGGCGGAUCACGAGUUCAUUGUGCUCGCCUGCGACGGCAUCUGGGAUGUGAUGACCAAUCAGGAGGUCGUCGAUGUCGUGCGAGAGAAGCUCGCCGAGAAGAGAGAUCCCCAAUCGGUGAGCUGAAAAUCGGGAAACUCUCUAAAACUUUGAACCUUUUUACGUCGCAAAAGCGAGAAAUAGUUUAAAAAAGUGAACGAUUUUUUGCAGAUCUGCGAGGACCUUCUCACCCGCUGCCUGGCCCCAGACAGCCAAAUGGGCGGUCUUGGAUGUGAUAACAUGACGGUGAAUUUAAUUUUAACUUAAAAAUUGCUAUAUUUUCUGAAAGUGAUUAUUCCUGCAGGUUGUGAUCGUCGGUCUACUUCACGGACAAUCUCCAGAUACUCUAUUCGCCAAGUGCGCCAGACCGGCAGUCUUUACGGGUGUGGUAAGUUCUUCUUGUUGUUAAAAAUGUAUAUUUUUUAAAGUAAGUUGACCCCUAACCUCGUUAACCUAAAACAAAAUUAACAGAGAUGCGAAAGUUGAUUCUUUUAAUUUCACAAAAAAAUUUGUAAUAUUUUAAGAAUAACGAGGACGGAGCAACCUAUAACGGGUCCUCGAAUCAGACCACGAACCAAGAUCUUUCGAAUGUGAUAAACAACUUUAUUCACAGAGAAGGUUACCGAUUUUUCCGAUUUUUUUCCCCAAAUUUUCUAAUUUUACAUGUUUCCAGAACGGGUAGUGCCAGACGAGGACGAUGACAACGAGCCGGCGCCGUCCAACUUCCAAGUUUAA